UUUCCCAGAAACAAAUAUAACAAAUGAGCAGCUAAGCAGAACCUGCUGGCUCCAUACUUUCUAGAUCUUAUCUGAUUUUAUAGUAAUACACAAUGGACAGGCUUAGUUCGGCUGCACUAUAUUUAGCACAUUUAGUAAACCAAUUCUGAGCUUCUCUUAUCAUCAUCUGGCCAGAUUUUACUGUAAUUUUGGCUGCAACAACAAGCCAUUGUCUGCAACCUCCCAAGAGGCACUAUUACUUUGCCCAUCCCCGGACUUGACAGUAAGAGGUGCCUGCCAUGUGAUUCCUCUAAGCAUUGUGCCCAGACUCUGAGCUGGGUAUGACCUGAUAUUCUACUCUUGGUGAAUAUUUUCUACCCGUGUAGUGGGUUGUGUUGUCUUAUUGCACAAUGUCUGGGGGAUCUGCGCCUCUUGGUGAUUUUUAUUCUAGAAAUGUGGCUGCGCCAGGGAACAUCUGCCUAUUACUGACCUCCUGGAUGUGACAUUGGAAACACCUGCAUGGAACAAGAAACCUCAAUGACUGACCACUGUACCCCAUGCAAUACAUCUAAUGGGGACCCCCAGGAUUACAGAAAUGUGCCCCUCAUCACAGAGGAUGCCGUGAGGGAUGCCCUGCGGAAAUAUGUCUUGUCAUCUUACUGCUGUUGUAGACCCAGGUCAGAGGAGCCGGUUAUCGAGAGGUUAACACAGCUGCCCCUAUACAGAUACAGACUGGCGACUUUUACUGAAAAAAGACACAUUGAAAAAAUAAGCAAACCUUAUACUGGUCAGCGAAUUGAGGCUCCAGAAAGAGAACCUGCGCUGCAGCUUUGGGAUAUUAACGUUUGCACCCCAAAAAUGUUUCAUGAAGGGUCAAAGAAAUGUCCACUGCCUCAGUCUGGAGAAAUUAAGACAUGUCUUAAAUGUGGUGGCCGUGGACGCUGUAAAUGCUCAAGAUGUGGGGGAUCAGGACAGUUUAGAUGUGGUUGCUCCAACAAUCGCCGCCAAAGAUCCAGAAAUAAAAGGUGUCCAUCAUGUUCCGGAAGCGGCAGAAGGAGGUGCGGCAAAUGUUCUGGACGAGGUAAAAAAGUCUGUACUUCAUGCAAAGGAGAAGGACGCCUAUUAUAUUACCAGCAGCUAUCAGUGAAAUGGAAGACGCUAUACUCUGAGGCCAUUGCUGAUCCACAUGAUCAGGAGUCCAGUUUGCCAGUAAUCCUCCUGCAGAAGGUGACAGGGAAGAUGAUUAUGAUGGACGAUGAAGUGUUGGUUCAUCCUUUAGCUGGAUGUCCUGAUGUCGCUGAGAUAUCUGCUGCCUCCGAGAGAUUGAUCCAAGAACACCAAAACACGUGUGGCCCCUUGUGUCAUAUCCUGAGGCAGCGUCAGACCGUGGAGAUGAUCCCAGUGGUGCAAGUCCAGUAUGAAUACAAUGGGAAGAACCUGUCAUGUCUUGUAUACGGCCAGGAGCUCAGAGUCUACUCUAAGCGGAGUCUUCAUCGUUUCACCCUCAGCUGCUCAGUUAUGUGAGAAGUGGUUAUCACUCAUCUAUGCCUACAGCAGCCAUUGGCUUCACUAUAGCGAAUAAAUUGUUUUGCCUAUUGCGCUUGCUUGUGGAUAAAGCUUUCAUGAUAGGAGUGAGGAAGGAGAAGUGAUACUUGGGGACAGGAGUGAGAUGAUAGCUAAAGAUGAUACUGGUACUCCACUAGAAAACAUUUUUGUUUAAAUCAAACAUUUUUGUGCUGUAUGAUCCAGAGGAAGUUCUUUUCUUUUGGAAUUUAUUUUCUGUCUGACCGCAGUGCUCUCUUAUGACACCUCUGUCCAUUUUAAGAACUGUCCAAAGUUGGAACAAAUCCCCAUAGCAAACCUAUCCUGCUCCA